UGCUCAGUUCGAUCGUCAGCUGAAAGAGAAAUGCAGAAGGAGACACACACAGGUCUCUGUCAGUGUUUAGAUGAAGGUUUUAGAUCUUCUUCUUCAGUGCUUCUUAAAUGCUUUCCCUCCAUCAAACAGCGCCUAUGAAUCAACAACAACAAGCAGACACAUUUCACUUCAGCAUUUCCUGCCGAGCUGACUGCCGUCUGCCCUCGGUUACAUAAAUGUGGAGAUUAGUGGAGCUCCUUAAAUCAAACGCUCCCUCUGAAGGAGGAACGCAUUGUUGGGUCUGAUGAACGCUUUAAAGACGCCAGUGAAGGAGCGUUUCUCAGACAGCUCAGGGCUUAUAUCAAUAAGUGGAUAAAUAAAUAGAUGUGUAGAGCAUCGGCAGCAGUGAUGGAGCAGCGGCUCCCUGACAUUAAUAAAUGAUGAGUAAUAAUCAGGUCAGCCGGAGAGAGGAUCUGCAGCAGCUCUCGCUUAUUCCAGUUCUCAAAUUGAAGAAACUUUCUCACUUUGAUGUUCGUGCUGCCUUCAGGCACACUGCUGAUGUCACGGUCAGCCGGCUGCUCAUUGGUCCGUGAAAGAUAGUUCCUGUCCAGACAGAAACGUCCAAUUGGAGGCUUGUAUUGUGCUGAUGUCACGCGUCAUGUGGCUUCUUAUUACACCAUUGAAGAAAAGUGGACCAUUCAAUCAAGAGCAAACAAUCACAAGCUCCCAAUCUACUGAUGUCGUGGUUGGACGACUGCUUAUUGGUCAGGUAAAGAUAUUAAUCAUCCAGACAGAAACGUUCAAUCAGAAGCUCUCAUUUUGAUGAUGUCACAGGUUGGGGGGCUGCUUCCUGCGCCAUUAAAAGAAAUGUGUGACAUCAGAAGCUUUCAUUCUGCUGGUUUCACAUGUCAGGUAAUUGUUCCUUUAAAGGUAUUUAGUGUCCAGGUUGAAACAUCCGAUCAGAAGCUUUCAUUUUGGUGAUGUCACGGUCAACCAUCUCCUCAUGGGUCACAUGGUCCCGGAGCCUCCAGACCUUCCUCCUCCUGCAGCUCUUCCUCCCGCCCUGCCUCCCGCACCCGCAGCCGUGCCUUCUCCUGGAGCAGAUCGGGCACACUGUGCGCGUCGGGGCGCUCCUCCCGGCGCAGCGGGGGGUCCGGGUCCGGGUCCAGGCAGCACUGAGCCGGGCGGCGGCGGCGGUGGAACGGGACCGUGACAAGGACCGGGAACCGGAGAGGGACAACCGGGACCCGGAGAGGACAAACUUUCUCCCGUAUAACCUGAGCCUGCAGCUGGUGUCCCGGCAGCCGGCGGCGGCGGAUCCGGACUCGGUGCUUCGGUGUGUGUGUGCGGGUCUGGGGGGGUCGGGGGUCUCCGCGGUGCUUGCCUUCCCGCAGAACCGGGAGGACCUGCUGCAGCUGGACCUGGUGUCCUCCUUCAUGGAGAUCCCGUUCAUCAGCGUCCUGGAGCAGGGAGAGCCUAUCCAAACACAGAACCGGUUCCACCUGCAGAUGGCGAUGGCGGUUCCAGAGUCCGGUCUGUCCGACCUGUUGCUGACAGUUCUGCAGCGGUCCGGCUGGAGGGAGGGAACCGUGAUCCUGUGUCGGGGCUGGGAGGAGGCGGGGGGGCUGCUGCAGCUCCUGGACGGAGGCAGCAGUGCACCAUGGGACGGCGGGGGGGCCGAGGUCAGCUGGCAGGUCCGGGCGCUGCUGAAUCUGACGCAGUUGGCUCACGACGACACUCAGAUCCACGACUUCCUGUCCCGGCACUUCAAGCAGAACCGCUCGGCGGCGGUGCUGCUGUUUGGAUCCGACCCGCAGUGCGCGGCGGCGGUUCUGCGAGGUGCUCAGGACCUGGGCCUCACGUUACCCAUGAUGCACUGGGUGCUGGGCCAGCCUCUCAGCCCCGACGCGCUGCACGCCAUCGGGCUGCCGCUCGGCCUGCUGGCCUACGGCCCGGUGGACCGGAAGCCGCUCGACUUCUACGUCCGGGACGCCCUGCAGCUGGUCAGCCGCGCCAUCGCCUCCGCCGCAGUGCUGAGGCCGGACCGGGUGCUGAUCCAGAACCACGUGAACUGCUACGACCAUAGGCAGGCACUGGUGACCUCAGGGCCGUACCUGUCCAGCUACCUGUCCAACACGUCCUUCACCGGCCUGACAGGUCCGGUCCGGGUCCUGCAGAACCGGGUCCUCACGGAUCAGCGCUUCCACAUCUGGAGCCUCCGGCGGGACGCGGUGGGGCAGCCGGCCUGGGUGACGGUGGGCCGCUGGGAGGGCGGGUGCCUGCAGGUGGAGGAUCAGGGCGUCUGGCAGGGACCCAGACCCCCGCCCAGACCGGAAGGGGGUGGCGCCCGGACUCACUGGAGGCCCGGGGUGCCGGUGGCCGGAACCAGGGUCCGGGUGGUGACCCUGGUGGAGCAUCCCUUCGUGUUCACGCGGGACGUGGACGAGGAGGGCAGCUGCCCGGCGGGUCAGUUCUGCCUGGACGCCGGGGCCAACAGCUCCGAGGCCCUGGAGCGGAUCUUCAGGGAGGUUGCGGGGGGGAACGGCAGCCUCCUGCCCGCCGGGUUCGGCAGGUGUUGCUACGGUUACUGCAUCGACCUGCUGGAGAAGCUGGCCGAGGACCUGGACUUCCAGUUCGACCUGUACGUGGUAGGGGACGGGAAGUACGGCGCCUGGAAGGGGGGCCGCUGGACGGGGCUGGUGGGCGACCUGAUGAACGGGCUGGCAGACAUGGCCGUCACUUCCUUCAGCAUCAACUCGGCCCGUAGCCGCGUCAUCGACUUCACCUCGCCCUUCUUCUCCACCAGCCUGGGCAUCCUGGUGCGCAGCAAGGACACUGCGGCGCCCAUGGGAGCCUUCAUGUGGCCCCUGCACUGGUCCAUGUGGGUGGGCAUCUUCGUGGCGCUGCACAUCACGGCGCUGUUCCUCACGCUGUACGAGUGGAAGAGUCCGUACGGGAUGACCCCUCACGGGAGGAACCGCGUCCGGGUCUUCUCGUACUCGUCGGCGCUGAACCUGUGCUACGCCAUCCUGUUCGGACGCACCGUGUCCUCCAAGCCGCCCAAGUGCUGGACGGGCCGCUUCCUGAUGAACCUGUGGGCCAUCUUCUGCCUGCUGGUGCUGUCCAGCUACACCGCCAACCUGGCCGCCGUGAUGGUCGGGGAGAAGACCUUCGAGGAGGUGUCGGGGAUCCACGACGCCAAGCUGCACCAUCCCUCUCAGGGCUUUCGGUUUGGGACGGUGAGAGAGAGCAGCGCUGAGGAUUACAUGAAGAAGAGUUUUCCAGAAAUGCACGAGUACAUGAGACGCUUCAACGAGCCCACGACGCCUGAAGGGGUCGCCACUCUCAAGACAGAUCCCCCCCAGCUCGAUGCCUUCAUCAUGGAUAAAGCUCUGCUGGAUUACGAGGUCUCCAUCGACGCCGACUGCAAACUGGCGACGGUGGGGAAACCGUUCGCCAUCGAAGGUUACGGUAUCGGCCUGCCACAGAACUCCCCCCUGACCUCCAAUAUUUCAGAUGUCAUCAGCAGAUAUAAGUCUGAGGGUUUCAUGGAUCUGCUGCACGAUAAAUGGUACAAAGUGGUUCCCUGUGGAAACCGCGUGUUCGCCGUCACCGAGACACUUCAGAUGGGCAUCAGUCAUUUCUCCGGUCUCUUCCUGAUGCUGUGUGUCGGGGUGGGGGGGGCACUGCUGACGCUGGCAGGAGAGCACGGGUUCUACCAACUCGUCCUGCCGCACAUCCGGCGCCGGCAGAACCUCAAGUACUGGCUGCACACCUCACAGAAAAUCCACCGCGCGCUGAACAUGACGUAUGAAGACGUGAAGCGUCAGCGUGCAGAGAAAGAGAAGAGCUGUAACCUGGAGAAGCCUCCAGCUCCCCCAGGACCCCCGGGCCCCCCCGCCCCACCAGCCCCCGGUGCUUCGACCAGGUGGAACAACGAGGACGCCGCCGCUGUUGCUAACGACGCCCGAGACUUCAAACGAGUCCACUUCCAUCUGGAGACGCUCAACACGCGGCGCCUCCUUGCCCGCAUGGCCGCCUCGGACGCCAAGUCUAAACCUGAGGGUGAGGGGCCGGCCACGCCGAGGGCGGCGGGGGCAAACACCGGGCCUAACAGCAGACUGUGCGCUAACGGAGGGCCGGCUGCGUCUCUCGCGAGCCUGGUGCUUUCCCGACAAUCAGCUGCCCGGACUAAUGCCCCGCCCCCUGUAGUGGUGACCCCGCCCCCUGUAGAUGUGGCCCCGCCCCCUGUAUUUGUGGUCCCGCCCCGGCCGGGCGAGCUUCAGGAGCUGCAGGAGGAGAUUGAACAGAUGCGUGGGAGGCUGAGGACGGCUCUCGCGCGGCGGGCGGAGAUCCAGACCACGCUGACCAACCCUGUUGCCCUGGCCACAACUUCCCCACCCCCCGUGGCUCCUCCCACUGUCACUCAGCCCACCAUCGCCCCGGUAACGCUCCUCCCUGCCAACACAAAGUGCGUGACGACCAUGACGGCCCCCCCUCACAAAGUCCUGUCCAAAGUUCGGCCGUUCCAGAGCAGACUGUCCAAUCAGAGGAGGUGAUGCUCUGCACAGGUCACAUGACCCUCUGCACACGGUGGCCCCUUUAAAGCGCCUACAUUUUAUCUUGAGAAGUUGACCUCCCACUCAGAUAUAUAAACUAAGUCAGCGAAUUUAUUAUUUAAACAUCUCUACAACUUAGGGCCAUCAUCGCCUGGAAAAGCUGGGGGUUGUUUGGGUUUAAUUUAAUCCAUUUAUCACACAUCAUUUCCACAUUUUUGUCUUUCAUUUACAACUUUAAUCUCCACAGUUAAUCAUCGUUCUGCUCCGCCAUCUUAAUGUUUUACCCACAAUGACAAUUCUGCGUCCUAGAAUUCAGAUCUGUAGUUUACAUUUUAAUUAUCAUUUUGCUUAAAGCUGCCACUGGGAAAAUGUUCGUGAAAUUACAAGAUGUUUUAUAUAAAGUCAUUUUAAUAUUAAUGUUUUCCCUCCGUUUAAAAUGACCACCGCGACUGUUGUCACCUGAACGCAGCGCCGCCGACCUACGGGAGCCUCAGAGGAUCAAAAGCUGCAAAAUAAAACGAGGAGAAGAGCAGCGAAAUCCACUUUGUGUUUUAUAGGAACAGUUCAAGUUUACUAAAGAACAUUAAUGAUCAAUAAUCGUGCAGAUUAAUAAUUGAUCUUCAUGUUUUUAAUGGACUUUGAUCAUUAAGCCCCUGGGUUUCAUUUGAAAGGUUUUUGAUUUGAUUUGCAAAUAGAAAUAAGAUAUUGUCACAAUCCAUUCAUUGGUAUAUCAUGUUGUAUUAUAUUAUAUUUGUAUUAUGUUAUAUUAAUUGUCCCAAUUAAAAUGUUUUUUUACUUUUAAAACCCCAUUUAUUGAACAGGAAAUACUUUUUAAAAAUACGGUUUUUUUGUUCAUGAUAUUCAGACAUUAUGUAGACCACACGUUUUUAUAUGGCUAAACAAAGGUUUUAUAUUAAGUUUCUUUCUGUACAAAUGAUCCACUAAGACCUGUUAAUACCCUGUUUGACAUUCUUUUAUUUCUUAAAUGUUUUUUACAUUUAAAAAAACACUUAAGCUAAUUUUUCAAUUGAUUUUUUACUUCAUUUUUAAAAAACACAUCUCCAAGAUCUUCCGAUUCAAAAUGUUGAAACCGAUUUAAUAAUAGACAUCAGUGGGCUAGAUUGUUUAGUGAAUUAUAAAACUGUAAGUGUUUGUGAUGAAUCCUGAAGAGAAGAUCAUGAAGACAGAGAGCUGCAGUCUUUAUGAUCACACUGUUUUUAUUCGCUACACGGAUGCUAACUACAGCUAGCCGCUACACGCUACUCUUUGCAUUGAUGAGUUAUGAAAAUUAUAAAAUAAUAACUUUGAACUUGAAGGAACUGUCUGACAUUUUAACUUCUUCUUCUUUCACUUUAUAUAUUUUUAGAAUCAUCUCUGUGUGUCCAGGACUGCUAGUUUAGCUUAGCCUAGCUUAGCAAUAAGAAGGGAGUAGGGGAAACUGCCAGUGUUUGGUACUUAUAGGUUUUGUUCAGCAGGAUAAUCUCCACAUAUUAAUGAUUUCUGAAGGAAAAAAGCUCACGUGAGCUAUAAAGGAACUACAGCACCGCUAAGCUAAAGGCGGCUAAUGUUGGGCUAUAAAGGAACUACAGCACUGCUAAGCUAAAGGCGGCUAAUGUUGGGCUAUAAAGGAACCUCAGCACGGUCACAUGACUUCAGGUCACCACCGCUAAGCUAAAGGAGGCUAAUGUUGGGCUAUAAAGGAACUACAGCACGGUCACAUGACUUCACGUCACCACCGCUAAGCU